UUAUAAUGAUAAGAUUUAGCUUGUGUUCUCUGUGGAUGCUGUAUGCAAAGAGAUCCUGGGGAGGCCGACGAAGGGGUAUUUCAGGAUUUUUCUGCCGCAGACGAUAACAUGGAAGGCAAAAAGGAAGCCAACGCCGCAGAUUCGAAAGAAUCCGACUCGGAGAAAUGGACAACGGAGAGUCUUCAGCGCCUGUUAGCGGAUGCCAUAACAUACCAACUUCCAUUAAACGACCUCGAAUUGAUCUUGAAAGGUGGGGCAGAAGUUAAUGGGAAAGUGUCGAAAGGUCUCCGGCCAUUGCAUUAUGCAGCAUUUGUCAAUUCAAAGGAAUUUGUCAGUUUUCUUAUACAAAAUGGCGCCGAUGUUAACUUGACAGACGAUAUCGGUUACACACCUCUACAUAUUUGCGCAAGAAAAGGCUACCAUGACGUCAUAAAAACGUUGAUAGAAAAUGGAGCCACAAUUAAUUUCUGCUCUGAUGAUGACCAGAACGUUCAAGAAUCUACCCGAGCGUUGGGGUACCUGACUCUUGAGCCACUGAACAUUGCAAUAGACCACAAUCACAUUGAAUGUGUUCAACUUCUUCUGGAAAACGGGGCUCGUUCGGGCAAUAAAUAUUUCAUGGGAUAUGAGAUUAACUUGGUUCCAUUAGAUCAUCUCCAAUGUUUGAAACUUUUGAUAGACCAUGGCGCGGACCCAAAUACGUGUAAUAGAUGUGGUAUCACUCCUCUCAUGAAAGCUUGCAGGGAACAAAAUAUAGAGGCGCUGAAAUUUCUUAUAAAACAUGGAGCCGACUUGGACGUAGAAUGUCCACCUCGCUUUGAACAAAAAAGAGCUAUUCACUUUGCAGUUCAAGUAGGUAAUUUAGAAAUAACAGAAAUCUUACUUCAAAAUGGAGCGUCGCGAUUUAGGUCAGAGAAUUACAGAUACAGUCCUUUACAUGAGGCAAUUUUGAAAGAUCACGUGGAUAUAUGCAAAUUGAUGCUAGAUUACGGAAGUGACGUCAACGAAAGAACAGAAAGCUACGCCACGCCGGUCAUGUUAGUAUGCGGUACAGAAGGUCUGAAAAAUAGGAGACAAUUGCUAGAGGUACUUCUUAAAAAUGGUGCCGAUGUAAAUGCCCUAUCGGACCGUGUCAGCUACACACACCCGUACUUACCGCCUCUCACAGAAUAUCUCAAACUCAACGAGGAAGAGGCGGACUUUGAAAUUGUUUCCCUUCUUAUUGGAUAUGGUGCAAAGGUUAGUUUUAGAGGAACGAGGGGCAUGAUGCAUGUGAGAGACCCACAUGGAAUAUUGUCCUUAGUGAAGAAGUUUUCAACGAAAGAUGAUAUAUUUCGUUUGAUGGUAGACGCGGCGUUUUAUUUCGAUGUGGACGCCAUCAAAAACCAUGAUUUGUUAGCACCAGAAGUCAAAGAACACCUAUUAACAUUUGGUAAUAGACCACGAGAUCUCAAGCAUCUCAUCAGGGUGUCAAUUCAGACAUUGCUUGGUACGUGUCUUCCCAGCAAGGUUCAGAGGUUACCUCUGCCUCCACUUCUAAAAUCAUAUCUUUUGUUUCAUUUGUAAAG